CUACCCAGCCUAUGUGACACAGGAGUUGCGGGGGCCCUUCACCAUACUAGCAGCUCUUGUAUUGUAACGUCGUGCCCUUUGUCAAUGUGAUUACGUUCGUGAUAAUGCCAACAGCCUGAUCUCAUGCGGCUUGCGAAAAUCGUGCCAAGGCCUGUGCCGCAAAAUUCGACUCGACGCGCAAUGGAGUACGUUCCAGGAGCGUCUCUCCCGUUGGUUGCCCGCCGGGGAACUGCUAGACUCACGCUUGUCCCUCAGGUUUGACCCAUCAUUGGGCUCGGUGCACGCGCACCAACAAUGGUGCACGUCACGGCCAUGUCCACGUCCUAGACAUCCAACUCACGCAUCCUAGCGCGACUCAAGCUGCCGAGCCAUCUACGUUAGCACCUGCAUCAGAUACGUCCCCCUAUCAGUAUUGCUCAUUACAAGUCUGGUGUAAUGCCCUGAUCGCCCACAACCAGGACUACAGCCAGGUCAUGGACUUCCGCACCGCCAUGGAGUCCGUCGGCACGGAGCCGCCGCCCAAGGACCCCAAGUACAGCCACGACCUGUUCCUGCUGCACCUGCACCUGGCGCGCUACGGCCCCAAGGAGCGCUCCUACCUGCCGGUCUCCAAGCUGGGCCGCUACUUCUGCUAUGUCGAUGGCAAGGUGGCGGCUGGCCUCACCGGCGUGUCUUGUGAGUGCGUGGAAAGCGAUUCGGGCGGCGGUGGCGGGGCGACGGGGAGCUGCACGCGGAGAAGGCGGCGGGGAGGGCGGCGGCGGGAGCAGGCUGCAUCCGGCGACGCUACUGCUGCCACCAUCGCUGUGCAGCGGGCACUUGCGGGAUUGCUAGGCCGGCAGCUUCCCGGCGCCGCUGCUGCAGCCGCUGCUGCUGCUCCCGCCGGCGCCGCAGCCGCUGGUGCUGCUGGAGCUCCCGGCUGGCCUCUGCAUGCGGCAGCGGUGGCAGCAGUGCAGCCCCAAGCACAGGCGCGAGCUGGUGGCAGCUGCGCGGAAGCUUAACUGCGAGGCAGCACUAGCGGCUGCAGCCGCCAGCAGUCAGGACACGGAGCCACGCAGCGACCGCUAUCACAGCCUGGCGGAACUGUGGGGCCUGACGCCCGGCCGGCUGACUGCCAAUGGCAAAGCAGAACGGCGCCGCAAUGAGUGCGGCUGAAUGCGGCUGAGUGUGCCGAGGGACGUGGGCGCUGAGGCGACGGAGGCUGAGUGCGCCGAGGGACAUGGGCACUGAGGCGACGGAGGCUCUCCCUGGCUUACAGUGCGCCUACCCCCGCCAGCGACUAUCACUGUCCAGCCGACCGGCAGCCGAGGCGAGGUCAAGCCCAUGGUUGCGCAUCGUGGACAGCACCGUGGAGGCUGAUCCAAUGCACGGCUAGUCCCCGACACGCGUUGCCAAAGCUGGACGAUGUGGCCACGCGGCGGGCGGACCUACACGAGGAUUAUAAGCGCGCGGCACAGGGCCUGCCGCUGCGCGCUGUGGUGCGGCGGAAGUACCUGCCAGCAGCUGCGGCUGUAACGCUUGGCGCCA